AUGGAUGUGCUCAGUCCUGUACAGGGCAACAACACCACGUCCUCCGAAGGUCCCUUCGGGACAAACGGCAACGCUACUGGCAACUCCGACGUGACCUUUAGCUACCAGGUGGUCACCUCUCUGCUGCUGGGCACGCUUAUCUUAUGUGCUGUGCUGGGCAAUGCCUGCGUGGUGGCCGCCAUUGCCCUGGAGCGCUCCCUGCAGAACGUGGCUAACUAUCUCAUCGGCUCGCUGGCAGUCACCGACCUCAUGGUGUCGGUGCUGGUGCUGCCCAUGGCCGCAUUGUACCAGGUGCUCAACAAGUGGACGCUGGGACAGGUCACCUGUGACCUGUUCAUUGCCCUCGACGUGUUGUGCUGCACCUCGUCCAUCCUGCACCUGUGCGCCAUCGCGCUGGACAGGUACUGGGCCAUCACUGACCCCAUCGACUACGUGAACAAGAGGACGCCCCGGCGCGCUGCUGCACUCAUCUCCCUCACUUGGCUCAUUGGCUUCCUCAUCUCCAUCCCACCCAUGCUAGGCUGGCGAACCCCGGAAGACCGCUCGGACCCCGACGCAUGCACCAUCAGCAAGGACCAUGGCUACACUAUCUACUCCACCUUCGGAGCUUUCUAUAUCCCGUUGCUUCUCAUGCUAGUUCUCUACGGGCGCAUCUUCAGAGCUGCGCGCUUCCGCAUCCGAAAGACCGUCAAGAAGGUGGAGAAGAAGAGAGCGGACACCUCUCUUGGGGCGUCACCGGCCCCUCAGCCCAAGAAGAGCGUAAACGGAGAGCCUGAGUGCAGAGAAUGGAGGCAAUGCUUGGGCAGUAGGGCAGGGGGUAUUCAGUGCACCAACGGAGCGGUGAGACAGGGCGACGGCACAGCCCUGGAGGUGAUUGAAGUGCACCGGGUGGGCAACUCCAAAGAGCACCUGCCGCUGCCUAGCGAGGCAAGUGCUGUCACGUGUGCCCCGGCCUCCUUCGAGAAGAAAAAUGAGCGUAAUGCUGAGGCCAAGCGCAAAAUGGCCCUGGCUCGCGAGAGGAAGACGGUGAAGACCCUGGGCAUCAUCAUGGGCACCUUCAUCCUCUGCUGGCUGCCUUUCUUCAUCGUGGCCCUGGUCCUACCCUUCUGCGAGAACAGCUGCCACAUGCCCACCCUCUUAGGUGCCAUAAUCAACUGGCUGGGCUACUCCAACUCUCUGCUCAACCCUGUCAUUUAUGCCUACUUCAACAAGGACUUCCAAAAUGCCUUUAAGAAAAUCAUCAAGUGCAAGUUCUGCCGCCAAUGA